AUGGCCGUCAUUGAUCAGGUCCUGGUCGAGGUUUCCCGCUUCGUGGUGCGUCAGGUCUCGGAGCCCCCUUCAUCAACGGCCGCACCAUCGUCGACUCUCGGCGACACCCCAUCUCCGACUGCGACGACUACCGACAACCCAUCGCCGACCGGCAGCUCAGGUGGAGGUGGAGGAGGAGGCGGUGGUGGUAAUUCGAGUUCGCCGUUGCUGUUCUUCGUUGCCUUGGGUUUCGGAGUCGUCUUUACCAACCUAUGGUCAGCCUACUUCUCCAAUUCUGUACUCGUGAUCAUCGUUGGUGUCAAGUACUGCUUCCGGUACAAUGCCCGCAAUCGCGCCAUGCGUCUUAACGAAGAUGGAGAGCCCAUCAACCUCGAGAACAUGCCGCGCCCGCAUCGCCGUCGCCGCGAGAAGAAGCUGAUGACGAUGGACGAGGUCAACGACAAGUUCCCCAUGACCAAGUACAAGACAUGGGUCGGUGAACGUGCGAGAGAAGGCCUGCCCACUGCUGGAGGCGUCUCCGCUCCGCCGAGUCGUGCAAACAGCGUUCGGUCUGCCGACGGUAUCGUCCCCGAGCUGCCUUCAAAGGAACGUGAGUCUACAGAAGAUCGUCCUGCUACUGGUACCGGCAACAAGCCCCUUGUCUCGGAAAAGAGCAUCGAAGAUGCCUCCAAGAAGGAUGGCAACACUUCCACUACAACUGGCAAUGCCGACCCCUCGCAAACCACCCCUACUUCUGCGACUCAUCUUCAACGCGUCAACAGCGAUGAUGACGAUGAGGAAGACGACGAGCAUAUCAACGCCGCUGUUCCCCCUGAGUUGAUGGCAACCAGCGGCGAUACCUGUGCUAUCUGCAUCGACACCCUGGAGGACGAUGACGAUAUCCGCGGACUGACUUGUGGUCACGCCUUCCAUGCUGUCUGCGUCGACCCGUGGCUCACCAGCCGCAGAGCUUGCUGCCCUCUCUGCAAGGCAGAUUACUACACCCCGAAGCCUCGCCCAACCCCUGGUGAUGGUGACCCGAACGCCACCGGCGACAUGGGCCGCACGGCAUCCCGUGCCAACAUGCCCAACGCCCCUCCGGCCGCUUGGUACAACCUGGGUGGCAAUAACUUGGUUUUUGGACGCAAUAGAGGCAACCGGGCGGCUAACCGUGUCGACCGCCGCCGCCGCGCCCGUCAGCAGGCCACGCCUGCUUCUUCUACCCAGAAUGCCUCACAGGCCUCUCCGCCUGUUGCGGAGAACCACGAGUCUCGCGGUCUACUGGCCAACAUCAGACUGCCCGCCUUCCGUAACCCUCUCCGACGUGGUGACAACCAGCAGCCUGCCAGCCCGACUGCAUCUGGUACCAAUGUCACGCCCUCUCAGCUUGAGGCUGGUACGCACACUGCACAGGCCACCCCCACUACAGCGGCACGGUAA